AUGACACGGGUGAAACUUGUCGACUACUCCGAAAGCGACGGUGAAAGUGCCUGCGAAGACGACUCUGGGGAUGCGGACGUACCAGUCGUUCUACGCCCACACCCUCCCGAGCCCCAGAGCGAAAACGAACUCGCUCAGAUCGUUAUUGAGCUGCAGCACCAGUACACGGAGGAGGUCGAAGAAGUCCAAGGACGACAGCAAGAGUCCGAGCGGCAGUUGAGAGUGUGGAAGACAGAGGUCGAAGAUAGGCUGCAGAUGCAGGUCAACGUCAUGGCCGCGAUCAUCAAAGAAGUGUUCGGCGUCGAUGCCGCCGAUCCGGCGAUACGAGAGUAUACGCAGCGAAGUCAUGACGGCGCGAAACCACAGGUGCCGCCAACAUCGUCGCCGACCGUAGACUCCGCCGGAACGCUCGUUUCGGGAUGGGGAUGGAGGACAUCGACUGAAGACCGCUUGGCCCAUCCCGCCAUCGGCGAGGCACAGUACUGGCAAAAGGGUGCCCAGGCAACUUCGUGGACCCCACGAUCGCGCGAGGAACACCAGAAAGAUACACUAGCCGUCUUCAGCAACGACGGAACCGAACGUCCGGUGUUCAAGUUCCACAGGCAUCCUGAGACGGUGGAAGAACAGUGGGCCGAGUUCAGAUACGGUCUUCACAGUCAGCCGCCCGUCGAACGGCUGGAGGAGCUGUACAGGGCCAAGUGGCGAAACAGCACCUAUGGCCGGUCUUGGUUCACUCGCCGGAAAGCAUUCUGGGACAAGGUGAAGGACUUGCUGGCUGAGGGGCGGACGGAGCAGGAGGCACUGGGCAUUUUGGUUGGCAACGGGUUUCUCCUGGACCAAUUCUUUGGCGACAACGUGAACCAGAGAACCGACGAGUACGGUGGCAGUCUCGAGAGCAGAAGUCACUUCGUGUUCGAGGUCGUCGAAACGGGGGCUACACCGCCCGGUGUCCUGGCCGUCGAAAAUGACUUCGCUGACGCCGUUUCGUACGGUCGACGCUUCAUACCCAACCCUGAUCUUGUCCUACAGAUCCGCCUGAACCAGCCUCUGUCUCCAUAUGACCGCGAUGCGUUCUACACUCACGGGGCGCGGGGCUAUACCACGUAUCUCGCGUCGAAGCCAUCCAGGACAUGGAAGCCACGCUGGAUGAAUAUCCUCGUCGUCGGCAACAGUGAAAGCGCCAUCGACAUUGUACUGCAGUCUCUUCCACACGUCCAAAGCGAUGUGUACGUGUCACGAAAGUCGCAGCAUCCGCGCUACUCAACCGUAUUCGACAAGCUCCGCAUCAAGGUUGUAGCAACGCUUGACUGUUUCGAGGCUAACACGAUCCAUUUGAUGGACGGCAUGGUAAUUGUGGGAGUUAACAUGGUUAUCUUCGCUACGGGAUACUUUUACACGUACCCGUUCCUCUCGCACGUGCUGCCACAGCCACAAGGCCCAGGGGGUCAUCGGGUGCCAGGCUUGUACCAGCACAUCUUUGACCUGCACAACCUCAAUACAAUUGCAUCCGUGGGUGCCGCCAACGCGUCACUGACCUGGAUUUCGUGGGAGAAGGCAGCGUUCUCGAUAGCCCUUCUCUGGUCGGGGCGGCUAAGGUUGCCGAGCCCAAGCAGGGAGGCAAUGCUGGCGUGGGAGAAACGACGUCUCGCGGAGAAGGGGGACAGGGUGUUCCAUGUUGUAGAGCUGCCAUACAAGCGCGUGCGGUACUUUGACGAUCUCAACGAGCUGGCCACCGAGUACGUUUUGGACGCGGCAGCCGACGACACGCUUCUACAGGCCUUCCCGUUCGAAUAUGUUAUGAAACUCCUCGCUACCCGACGGUGGAAGCUGGAGAAGUACGGUAAAACGGAAGACGGUCUUGUGAGGACAGUGUCUAUAACGUAA